AUGUCGCGCGCUCAAAAUGGAUGUCGGGGCGGUGGUCGUGGAACCAAGGAACCACUCCUCAUUGACGCGGUCAUUGGCAAAGUGGUUAAACGCAACCGUCGGAACCUAUCCGCCGCCUGGAUAGACUACAAAAAGGCAUUCGACUCGGUGCCUCAUAUAUGGCUGAAGAAGGUCCUCGAGCUGUACAAAGUUGACUGUACAGUUAGAGACUUCCUCGGGCAGUGUAUGGGGCAGUGGAGUACGAUCCUUUGUCAUCUAAGCGAGCGGAUGACGGCUGCGGAGAACCACAUAAGGAUAAGAAGGGGUAUCUUCCAGGGCGAUUGUCUGAGUCCAAUCUGGUUCUGCCUCUCUCUGAACCCUCUCAGUACCUUACUGGAGGACUCCGGGAGGGGAUUUCAGCUUCGGAGAGGAGGUACAAAAAUGACCCACCUUUUCUAUAUGGAUGAUCUCAAGUUACCUCCAGUCGCUCUCAUCUUGUGGAAUUGCUAA